AGGGACGAGGCCUCUCUCUCUCCCUCGCCGCGCCGCCGCCGAACACACCCCCCCCACCCCCCCUCCCCACACGCCUCCGCCUCCUCGCACCGAACCGCCUCGGCGCGAGCGCGAGGGAGAGAGCUCCUCUUCUCCUCCACGGCGGCUGCGCGGCGUCGUCCCGCUCCACCGGGCCGUCGUCUGGAUCUGAUCUAGGAGCGGUCGCUUCUUCCUCUUCCGGAAGCCCUUUUUAUCAGUCAUGUACGGACGCAUGCCAAAGAAGAGUAACAAUACCAAGUAUUAUGAGGUGCUUGGUGUAUCUAAGACAGCAACCCAGGAUGAGCUGAAGAAAGCGUACCGUAAAGCUGCCAUUAAAAACCACCCUGAUAAGGGUGGAGACCCUGAGAAGUUUAAAGAAUUGGCUCAAGCUUACGAGGUUCUUAAUGAUCCUGAAAAGAGGGAAAUCUAUGACCAAUAUGGCGAGGAUGCACUCAAAGAAGGAAUGGGAGGAGGCAGCAGCAGUGAUUUCCAUAGUCCCUUCGAUUUAUUUGAGCAAAUUUUUCAGAAUCGUGGUGGCUUUGGGGGUAGAGGACACAGACAAAAGCGUGGCGAAGAUGUGGUACAUACUAUGAAGGUUUCUUUAGAAGACCUGUAUAAUGGUACUACCAAAAAACUGUCUUUGUCACGGAAUGCUCUGUGCACAAAGUGCAAGGGUAAAGGAUCCAAGAGUGGGGCAGCAGCAACUUGCCAUGGUUGUCAUGGUGCAGGAAUGAGAACAAUAACAAGACAAAUUGGGCUUGGCAUGAUCCAACAGAUGAACACUGUUUGCCCUGAAUGCAGAGGAUCAGGUGAGAUGAUAAGUGACAAGGAUAAAUGCCCGAGUUGUAAGGGAAACAAAGUAGUCCAGCAGAAGAAGGUCUUGGAGGUUCAUGUUGAGAAGGGAAUGCAACAUGGCCAAAAGAUUGUAUUCCAGGGUGAAGCUGAUGAAGCUCCUGAUACAGUGACAGGAGACAUAGUUUUUGUCUUGCAACUUAAAGACCACCCAAAAUUUAAGAGGAAGUUUGAUGACCUCUUUACUGAGCACACAAUCUCCCUGACCGAGGCUCUGUGUGGCUUCCAGUUUGUUCUAACCCAUCUUGAUGGUCGGCAACUCCUAAUCAAAUCUAAUCCAGGGGAGGUUAUAAAACCUGGUCAACACAAGGCCAUCAAUGAUGAAGGCAUGCCCCAGCAUGGCCGCCCUUUCAUGAAAGGUCGUCUUUUUGUUGAAUUCAACGUGGAGUUUCCUGAGCCUGGUGCACUCACUCCUGGCCAAUGCCGAUCGCUUGAGAAGAUUUUGCCACCACGACCCAGGAAUCAAUUGUCAGACAUGGAGCUAGAUCAAUGUGAGGAGACCACCAUGCAUGAUGUCAACAUAGAAGAGGAGAUGAGGCGCAGGCAGCAGCACAGGCGGCAGGAAGCAUAUGAUGAAGACGACGACGAGGAUGCUGGAGCUGGACCAAGGGUACAGUGUGCCCAGCAGUAAGAACAAUUCGAUGCCAUUCGGACUAGACGAUUUAGCGUCUCUUAUCAUCCAAAGACCGCGGUAGCUACUGAGUUCAUUCUAUUCUUUUUUUUAAUGUACCCCCACCUAAAGUAGCUGAUGCAUGUUAUGAUUUCUCUUUUGUGGGAAAUGUUAUGCUACCAUUUUUGUUGUCUUAAGAUUAAGGAGCUUGCUAUUAGUCAUAAUGAUGUUGCGGCCUCACUACAAUUAUUACAGCCUGCCGUAUUAUAUACCAAAAUGAGCUAAUCCUCGACAAUAAUUCUUACAGACAGCGGACCGAA